UUCCGCUCACACACCUAGUAAGAAAUCCCCAGAAAGGGACGGGAAGCAAGAUGUCUCCCGCUGAGCAUUGCAGCAUCCAGCAGCAUAUGCAGGUGAUAAUGGAAGAUAUCCUGACUUGAAUGUGCGGUAAACACAGAAAAAAAAAGCUCCUCCAGUGUUGUUUCCUGCAAAGACCAUUCUUAAGAGCUCGUUGGACAGCGCAGGGCUCUUGAAGUGAUAGCUAAUUGGUGAAAGAAAGGCCCCGAUUGUCUUGAGGGAGCUGGAAAGUGCUGCGUGUGCUGCUGAAAGGGACUAGGGAGAAGGUGCCUGGUUUCGCUGAGCAGCUGCUGCUGGAGAUGUUUGGAGAUUACAUCAGCAUUGGAAAGAAGGGGCAAAAAAAAAAAAAAGUCCAACUUCACAGAGACGGAGUUUAUGGAGUUUUUUUUCCUCCUUCCAAAGGUCUUCUGACAAUACUGUCAUUGUCAAUAUAGGAGUUGUUAAUUCUUUAUGAAUAGCACAUGGGGCCUCUUGACUAAAUAGUACGUUACAUGUCCCAAAUCUGUCAGCUGGACUCUUCUCUCACAUGCUAGUGAGAUCACUUUGAUUGGAAUGUUACAGGAAUUGCUGGGCCGGCCACGCAGAACUGAAUACUGCAUUAUAUAAUUAGAUCUCCCAGAGUAUUUUUUUCACAUUACCUCAUUAUUCUAGCUUAAAUAUGGAAUCAGUCCUUUUGAUGAUUUUACUGGUUGUAAUUAUAUUAAUACGAUUCAUUUUGUGGUCCUGUCUUAGUGCUUAUAUAGAUUAUAAACUGGCCCGAAGGUUUCCUGACACAAGAAAAGCGGACUAAGAGACUUCAGAAAGCUUGUUUGGAUUUGAAUUGACAAUGGGGAGAGCUGGGUAAGGUAAAUGGAGCUAGAGCAGAUUUUACCUUGGGAUCUGAUGAGAGAGAAAUGACCUGUUGAGACCGCAACUGAGUGAAGAUUCUUCAGAAAGCCUCAUGCUGACAGAAGAGAAAAAAAUGGCAACUGAUUGAGUCAAAUGGUUUCCUGUCAAACCCAGGCGUGAAUUUGUUGUUGGGAACAGACUUGCGGACUUUUGCCAGUUAAAUGAUCUGGACAAGCUAGAAGAAAUCCUAUUGCUGGGCAGUCCAAGACUGCCAGUGGUCCAGUCUUGGUAUGUGAAGUGUGAUGGCGUGCUGCCUGCUGGGCUGACUGCUGGGCUGUACGUUAAGACGUUCAGCUGCACAGCCCGCCUGGAUGCACCAACCGACUGCGCCUGAAUGAAGCUGAAGGCUACCGGCUCGGCUUAGUAUCCACGUGCCAUGCUGUGGACUUGCAGGAGUGGAUUUUUACCUGGUUGGCUGACUUGCUACCAAAUUCCUCGUGGUUCCUCCUGGUCAGUUGGAUUUGAAACUGACUGAUUUCCACUGGCUAUAAUCUGCUGAAUGUUUGUGUUUCUUAGCAAGCGAUAUAUCUGAGUACCAGAAUGAGCCCGACACCACCGGAAUAGUCUGUUCCAUGAAAAGCAGAUCUGUGCCGCAGAGAUCAUCUGACGGACUCUAGCUGUGCGUCAGCAGCACUGAGGGGUGUGGGGGACAUGACAGCAUGACAUGCAGUGAGUUUUGGUUCCAAAGCCCUGCAAAAUACCUUCAUUUCUAGCCUUUAAUAAGGAGCUUAAUAGGACGCUGAAGGACACCAAGACCAUAGUGACUUGGGAUUGUUUGGUUAUGAAAUAAGUGGUUCCAAGUGAACUGUCUGCUUUCAAACAGAUGUUAUAUUAAGUCAAACAUCCGAAAACCUUACUGUAUAUACAACUCAAUUUAACAUCUGCUUUUAAGAACUCAGUUUUUCUACAGUACAAGUAGGAAAAGUUUAUUGCCUUGCCUGAGAAAUGCAGUGUCCUUGGCCCGGUCCCCUUCAAAAAGGAGAAAAAAAGUCCUUUUUGGGUUGAUAAUUUUCUGUGUCAUGUAAAAGUGAAGGUUGCCACUUCAGAAACUGGCUUCUCUAUCUCUUGAUAGCUCACGUGAUGAUAUCAGAGUUCAGCCUAGGUAAAAACCCACAGCAUUCCCAUAAAGAGUUUCUAGCCCAUACAUCACUCACUCCUACAGGCUUGUCUCAUCAGUAACUGUUAAUCAGCCCUUAUCACUUUGUCUUUUGAAGCCUCCUGAAAUUCAGACAUGAGAGGUGGUAUGUGUUUAUCUGUGGAACAGGGUAAAUGUCAGGUCAAUUGAUUUCAGCCUCAGAUUUUAUUUAUGGUGGAUGACCGAUCUACAAAACAGCCUGCAGUGCCUGAAGAUGCAUGUCAUGGACUUGAAGUCUAGCCAGAUGACAAUAAAUCAAAUGUAGAUGUAACGAACCCCCUUGUCCUUUUCUGUGGUUCUUAAUUUUAAUGAUGAUUCUGUCCUUUUAAUUUCUUUUUUUUUUUUUUUUUUUUUCUCCCCUCAGCACCCGCACACCACAAAGGGAAAGGGAAAUGUUGUCUACUUGAUGUGCAGACAUACCUUUGAUAAUAAGUAACUGGAAGAACAGGCUCAGUGAUCCAUUUUUCUUCUUUCAGUUAGUCAUAGUUAUUCUUAGCAGUUGUAUGCAAAACAAGUUUGUAGAUAAAUGAUAGUGCCUUUAUUAUAUUUGAUAUUUGACAGUGUCAUAGUCAUAUUGUUUAAAAAUGCAGAUGUAAUGAGAAAUUAUACAUGUGAAGUUGUGGGUUAAUGUCUUUAACGUUUGGUGAUAUGCGGAACUG